UGAGACACUGCAGGCUCGAGAUAUUUUAGCUGCUCAAAGAAAGGAUUUGAAGGAUGAGAUUGAAAGGCUAGAUAAAGAAAUGUUAACCAUCGAACAAACAAUUGACAACUCUCGGGGUAAUGUGAAGUUGGUCCAAACGCGAAUGGAGAACAGGAAAUUCAGGCCACGAAUUGAAUUGUGCAGAGAUAAUGCCACAGUGGGACUGGAGGAAGAACUAAGGCAUGUUGUUGAAUCAAGAGAGUACUUGGCUCAGAAACUACGUGACAUCAAGAACAUGCUCAACAGAGUUCAGCAACAUCUUCAUGAAGUUGAAGAUGACCUCCAACGUAAAGAGCGUUCUUUAGCGAUAGAGACCACGUGCUUGGAGAUACACGAGCGCCCUUCUAAGUCACCGUACCAGAUGGACAUAGCGUGGUUAGCUCCGAUGAAUACUACUGCUACAUCUCAGUAUGCCGAUCAAUGUAUCAAACGGGGAAAUAAUCAAAGAAUUAUAGAUCAUCAUGUAGAAGUAUGCACGCCGAAGCUAGAAAAAGCAUAUUCUGACAGGUGCAAGGUGACUGAACAAAAUAAAGCAGAGUAUGACUUAGUGGACUAGAUAACAUCUUAAUCACAUGCAAGUUAUUAGUUUGAACAUCGAAAUUAUAGCAUUUGGAAUAAAAAUAGCACACUAGUUAAUUUAAAUAACUAA